AUGGAACCUACUUUUCCUCUAUUUCGACUUCCUGAAAAUGCUAUCGUCCACGUGUUCCAAAACAUAGAUAUUAAUCAAUUAUUGAUCUUCUCUCUUGUCUCAUCGAAAACAAAACGACUUGUAACAUCGUUAGCUAUAGAAGCCCGCGAUUUUGAAGUCCGGAUUUCUGAUUUUCUCAGAAUUAGUGUACUUGUGCACACUACAAAAUGCCAACUUUCUCUGAAUUUCUAUAACGAUUCGAAUGAUCUACCAGUAGACAUUACUCUUCCGGUUGCUGCUUCUUUUGAAUAUCGAGGAACAAGAAUUCAAUCAUCCACACCAUUAUUAAGUUUCAGCAAUUGGUUGAAUCACAUUCGGACUGUAUUCUGUUGUACUCGGCCGCCGAAUAUUCGUUUUUAUCAAGGUUGUGAGAAAUAUGAAAUUGAAUUGUUGAAAGAAACAAUUGGAAAUGUCAACGUUCUCUUUGUGUGCAGUCUAUUGACGGAUGUUAUGAGCAGAGAAGUUUUGAAACAAUUCAAUACUCCCAACGAAUUGUUUCUGGAAAGAAACCCAUUUGAAGAAACUUGUCAGACUCAACAAAUCUUAAUUCAAAAUUUUGAAUUUAUCGAAUUUAAUGAUCCUUUCUCAUUGGAUGACAUGUUAUUGAUCAAUAGUGAAAGAGCUGAAUCCUACCAUCAAAUAUCUCAGACACAGUUCAAUCGAUUCGUCAAACACUGGAUCCGUGGGUCAAAUCCAAGACUGCAAUAUAUGUCUCUAUUAAUUGAUAUGACCGAUUUUGUCAACGGAGAAGUGUAUUUGAAAGGAAUUAGAUGUAUGGAAAUGAGUGAAGAUGCAAAAACAGAAAUCCGUGAAAAAUACGACCUGACAACUUAUGUUGAUAUUAUUCAGAUCAGACGGAAGGAUGGUACAACUGCAGCCAUUGGAACCUUUGAAGAUGAUGUUCUUUAUGUCCACUUCAUUGUGUUGCACUAA